ACAGGAAUGUAUUUAAACAACUCUAAAGAGAUUUAAUGGGUAAAAUAAACAAACAGAGAGAAUGAAGAUUUUAGAGAUCAAUCUGAUCUCUGCGCAAGGUCUCAAUCCGCCGUCUUCCAGUCGACGCCGCAUGCAGACGUACGCAGUUGUUUCGAUCGAUUCUUCCACUAAGCUCCGCAGCCGAAUCGAUCUUGAUGGUGGCGAGGACCCGAUUUGGGGUGACAAGUUUCUCUUCAAAGUCACUCCUGAAUUUCUCUCCGGCGAAACAACCAGUGUUUCUGUCGAAAUCUUUGCCGUCGGCUGCCUCCGUGAUAAACUACUCGGCACCGUCCGUUUACUCAUCAGCAAUAUCCCGCUAUUUUCCCAAGAAAUGAGAACUCCUUCGUUCGUCGCUAUGCAGAUUCGCCGCCCUUCUGGAAGAUUCCAAGGGUUGCUUAACAUCGGUGCUAUUAUCCACGACGCUUCUGAUUUCGCGUCCUUAGAUGGAGUAUCGGCGAUUUGUUAUCGCGAUCUUGUGGGACAGAGUAUUUGUUCCCGGCGCCGACGUGAUUUAAAGAAGUCGUCUUCGACAGGGAAGGAUGAUCGUGGCGAGAAUAUUCUUGUGGAGAUUCGGAAGAUUUGUCAAAUGGUGCUGAUUCCACGACUUCUUCAUCGACGGUCAUGAAGGACGGGAAAGAGUUUAGAUGUUUGGGGAGGGCAAAUAGCCUAUGGUGAUCAUCAGACGGUAGAGGGAUUCUUUGAGGGUUGCUGCUGCAUCGGAGGCUUACGAUGUACUUUUCUGCAGAGAAUCUUGAGGUAUUUUGGUGGGUUAUGUGGAGGGCCCUUGGCAAUAUUGUGCCUACAAAGAGUAAUCUGAUCUCUAGAGGAAUUUCUUGUUCCUUGCUCUGCAUGACCAUUAUGAUGAGCCUUGUUUGGGUGGCUCUUUGGCUUUGCUUGUAGCUCUGGUAUGCCUCAGUCAAGAAGGCUUCAGCCAUGUAUGUUGAUUUGGCUAUUUGGCAUCGCUUGAAGCUUUGGUAUGGCUAAGUGAAGAAGGUUUCAGCCAAGCAGGAGUUGAGUUGGAUUCACAGCGUCUCCUAUGCAGUUGCUUACUGCGGCGUUUAUUAGAUUGAGUUUGUUCAUGUAGUUAGUUCCCAUUUUCUGUUAAAUGCACUGUAAGUAGAUGUACCCCAACCAGGUUUUUUCACUUAACAUCUUGGAUACUAGGUUGGGUUUCUUGGGGGGUCUAUCUAUUGACUUGGGUUAGUUUAUAUCCAAUUUGUUAAGUUUUUCCUGGUUUAUUAAUAAUAAUAAAAUUUUAAUUUUGGUAUUAA